CACUCUUUCUCUCUCAGCCAUCAAAAUCCCUCCUCCCUAUAAAUCUGCAUCACGGGAAUUCUUCAUCUCUCUAAAUUUCUACUUGAGAAUAAUAAUCCCCAAAACAAAAAAAAAAAAUCAGACCAAAAUGCUUCAAGACGGUUCAAUAUUUGCUCAGUCACCAAGCUUCAACAGUUACACUUCGGAUAAUUUUGCACAAAUUGCUGCCAAGGUUUGUGAAGAAUUUGUUGAUGAUCGUGUUCAAUUAGGUCUAGAACCUCUUCAAAAUGAGGAGGAGGAGAAUCAUGAUGAUGAUGAUGAAAUAGUCCAAGCUCAGGAAGAAGAAAAAUAUGAUGAUCCACCUGAAGAACAUGAAGAAGAAGAUGAAGAAGAAGAAGAAGAGGAGGAUGAGAGUGAAUUUGAGUUCAGUUUUUUAUCAGGAGAUGGAAUAGCAAUUUCAGCAGAUGAAAUAUUUGCGAAUGGACAAAUCAGACCCGUAUACCCGAUUUUUAACCGAGAUCUACUUUUUGCCGGUGGUAAAGAUUACGAUGAAGAUGAUGAUCAUACUGAUGGUUCAAAACAACCUAAGAAAAAUUCUUCAUUGAGAAAGCUUUUUAUCGGAGAAAGAGAAGAAGAUGAUGGUCAUUCGUGUUCAUCGUCUGAAGCUGAUGUUGAUGAAUUACAUAAUUUACCUGCUGGUACUUACUGUGUAUGGAAACCGAAACAACAAUUGUCGACAGCAUCUUCACCGGAUACGUGUAAGAAGAGUAAAUCUACUGGAUCUUCAUCCUCAUCAGUGUCUCGAUCUGCAACUGCUACUGCUGCUUCUGUUUCCAAGAGAUGGAGAUUUCGUGAUUUUUUAUUUAGGAGUAAUAGUGAUGGCAAAGAUACUUUUGUUUUCUUAACCCCUUCUGUUUCAUCUUCCACUAAUAAAAUGAUGAUGAAGAACGGAAGAGAGGAGAAACUAGUUAUUGAGGAGAAAUUAGAAAAAGUUGUAGUUGCCGGUAAUAAAGUUGCCGCCGGGAAAGGGAAAUUGAAGUCCGGAGCAGCAGCAGAAGUUUCUGCUCAUGAAAUUCAUUAUGUUAGGAAUCGAGCAUUGAAAGAAAAUGAUAAGAAGAAAUCUUAUCUUCCUUAUAGACAAGAUCUUGUUGGCUUAUUUGCUAAUGUCAAUGGUUUGAACAGAAAUCUUCGUCCAUUCUGAAGAAUCUAAAAAACAAAAAAAAAACAGAGUAAUUUUUAGUUAAUUUUGGGGAUAAUUUUAUUGAUUUUUUGUUUCUAAAAUUAAAAAAAAAAGUUUGAUUUAGAACAUCUGAUGAUCAUCAGUCUGUGUAAAUAAAUUUAAUUUUAAUUUUGAUCUUGUUGUUUCAAUUUCUUUUGGCUGUAAUUUGAUUUUAGGAAUUCUGUUAUUCUGGAUUGGAGUCAGAUGAAAGGACAAUGUUUGUUAAUGCCAGUGGAAUUAUUGUAUUGAUUAGGAUUUUUGGUCUUUGA